AUGGUACGGGUACCAAUUAAAGGUGGAGUUUGGCGUAAUACAGAGGAUGAAAUUCUCAAAGCAGCGGUGAUGAAAUAUGGUAAAAAUCAGUGGUCACGAAUUGCUUCUUUAAUCCAUCGAAAAUCAGCUAAACAAUGUAAAGCUCGUUGGUUCGAAUGGUUAGAUCCAUCGAUUAAAAAAAAUGAAUGGUCACGUGAUGAAGAUGAAAAAUUACUACAUAUGGCAAAAUUAAUGCCAACACAAUGGCGAACAAUAGCUCCAAUUGUACAACGUACAGCUGCUCAAUGUCUUGAACGUUAUGAAUAUUUACUUGAUCAAGCUCAACGUCGUCGUGAAGGUCUUGAUGAAACAAUUGAUGAUCCACGUGUACUACGUUCUGGUGAAAUUGAUCCAAAUCCAGAAAAUAAACCAGCUCGACCUGAUCCAAUCAAUAUGGAUGAAGAUGAAAUAGAAAUGCUUUCUGAAGCUCGUGCUCGUCUUGCAAAUACCCAAGGUAAAAAAGCCAAACGUAAAGCACGUGAAAAACAACUUGAAAAAGCACGACGUUUAGCAUCAUUACAAAAACGUCGUGAAUUACGUGCAGCUGGUAUUGAAGUACGUCGUUAUUUUAAUAGAAAACGUGGUGUUGAUUAUAAUGCUGAAAUACCAUUUGAAAAACAACCAGCUAUUGGUUUUUAUGAUACAACAAAUGAAAUAUUUGAUUCAGGAAAAAUUGAUUAUAAAUGUUUACAUGUUGAUAACAGAGAUUUAGCUGCUAAAGAAGAAAAAGAACAACAAGAUAGAAAAAAAGAUAAUGCUAAAUUAAAACGUAAAAAAGAAGAAGAUUUACCAGCUGUUAUUAUGAAUGAAAAUCGUCUUGAACCAAUAAAAAAAAGUUCAAAAUUAGUUUUACCAGCACCACAAAUAAGUGAUAUGGAAUUAGAGCAAGUUGUUAAAUUAGGACAAGCUACAGAAAUAGCUAAACAAAAAGUAUCAGAAAAUGGUACUACAACUACAGAAACAUUACUUGCUGAUUAUAAUUUAACACCGGAUUUAAAUAAAAUUCGUACACCACAAUUACCUUCAACACAAGAUAGUGUACUUAAUCAAGCACUUAAUCUUAAUAUAUUAUCAACUGUACAAACACCAUUAUUAGGUGAAUCAAAUACACCAUUAAUGGAUGUUAGUAAUGAAAAAUCUAGAACAGGAGCUGGUUUAAUUAUGUCAACACCAAAUACUUUAUUUGAUACACCUUAUCGAACACCAGUGAACACAACAAAUGACGGAACAACAUCAUCAAUACGUGGAUCAUCAGCAGAUUUUAAUUCUGAUAGUGUAUCUGUACGUGAUCAAUUGAAUAUUAACGCUGAAGAAAUGCUAUUUGAUGAUCAAUUAAAACAGCAUGAAGUUAAACAACAAUUACGACAUAAUCUCUCACGUUUACCUAAACCAAAAAAUGAUUAUGAAAUUGUUUUGCCUGAUACAACUGAUCAAACAAAUGAUGAUGAACAAAUGGAUACUGCCAAUAUUAAAGAUGAAGAUCAAGCUGAUAUUGAUCAACGUAAACUUGAAGAAAAACGACGCAAACAACAAGAACAUUUCAAACGACAAACAGAAGUUGUUCAGCGAAAUUUACUUCGUCCGAAUGAUAUUAAUCUAACUAUACUUCGUUCAGCAAAUGCUGAAGGUCCAAUGACAGUCUUACAAAAAGCCGAAGAAUUAAUCAAACAAGAAAUGCUUGUUCUUCUUCAUUAUGACGCAUUAAAUAAUUCCGUACCCAAUAGUUCUGCUAGUCGUAAUAAAAACUAUACUGCUUAUCUUAAAACAUAUCCAUAUGAAGAAUUUACAGAUGAUGAACUUGCUACAGCUCGUUCAUUACUCGAAUCAGAAAUGAAUUCUGUUAAAAAAAUCAUGGGUCAUGGUGAUAUCAAUCUUGAUAGUUAUUCGAAAGUUUGGAAUGAUUGUUAUUCACAAGUUUUAUUUUUACCAUCAAAAAAUCGUUUUACUCGUGCAAAUGCAGCUAGUAAAAAAGAUCGUAUUGAAUCGACUGAACAUAAACUUGAACUUAAUCGUAAUUUGAUGGCACUUGAAGCAAAACGUGCAGCAAAACUUGAGAAAAAACUUAAAACAUUACUCGGUGGUUAUCAAUCUCAUGGUCAAGUACUCAUCAAAGCAUUAAAUAAUGUAUAUGAUCAAAUUGAUCAAACUCAAGCUGAAGCUAAAACAUUUGAAUUACUUCGUCAGAAUGAAAUAUUAGCUAUUCCGAAACGUAUUGAAUCUUUUACCGAUGAUGUUGCACGACAAGAAGAACGUGAAUGUGAACUUCAACAACGUUAUCAAGAAUUAGUCGAAGAACGAAAUCAUUUAUUAGAACAACAAUAA